AUGCGAAGGGGUUCAGAUCACCGAUCUUCGGUACGUGUUCAAUCGGAUCCAGCUGGACGCCUGGUUAUUACAGGUCAACCUGAGCAGCCUGAAAAUCCAUGGGGUAUCAGUGCCUUUAAAAAGGUAGUCAGCUUACCUGGAAGAAUUGAUCCUCUUCAGACAUCUGCCGUUGUCAGCCUGCAUGGAAGACUCUUUGUUCGUGUUCCUUUUGAGCAGUCGAAUAUGUAA